AUGUCUGACAACGACAAUUCACCCGACGAAGUCAGCGGCCAAGCAGCAUUCUGGAUCCUAGCCUCGCUAGCCGCCGCCGCAGUCGUCCUCCCUUCCACAAGCAGUCGCAACAACGGCCGCGAUCUUUUUGGCGGCAACAUCGACCUUGUACGAUGCAUCCCGGGUGUCUGCUUGGUAGAUGGCAUCAUGGACAGCAUAUAUCUCUGUGUGAGCGCCUACAGAGCGCUCAAUUCACUGGAACCGGCAAAAUCUAGACGAAGCACUACUGUUAUCGCGGCGAAGCUCAUAAUCGCAAUUUUCACCGUCUUCCCCCAAAUGAUAAAGGCUUUCAGUUUGAAGGGAGUCCCCGCCACGCAAUUUUGCGCGUUUUUAUUCUUUUUCGCGUUUGUUACGAGGCUUCUGAUUGAUUUGUGUGGCUUGGAUUGGGAGGAGCCGUAUACGCCCCCAGAAAACGAUGACACAUCGGAUGUUGUUGUUCUCAUUAGUGUAUUCCUUCAAACUCCUUUCGAAUUCUGGAUCUGGUACAACAUCAGUAGUUCAAUCAGCAACUACACAUUGUCGGAGGGGUUCUCCGAUUUCAUCGCAAUAACAUCUAUAAUCUGUGCCUCCUUGAUAUUCCUGCAAUCUUCAAUCUGGUUGGCGUUCGUUAUUACCCGAUGGCGCUUCGACAUCUCGGCCACACCGCACAUUGUACCAAUCCGUUUGUUUUGGGUGGCUGUCAUGGCCUUGUCGCUGACGGAGAAAAAAGAAAGAAGCAAGACUAGCAGACUGCCACCGACGCCGGACAUUAUGAGGGAUCUCACGCAGGCUGAAACGUUGAUGAUGAUGGCUGCUUUGUCGAGUGUUGCUGUUGCGAAAGCUCUGGACGUUAUAAGCAAGUUGGUUUCUAUAGUGCGAACCAAGGAUGCUUCGGCGCAAACCGAAGUGAGGUCGGCGGACGCUACAGCAGGAAAAGAGCCAGAGGAGUCAUCGUCUGUACCAAAGGGCAGUUUCUUGGCAAGAUUGGGUGUCGUUGUUGAUCGUUGGUUUGUUCAAUGUCUUACCUUGCAUUCAACAGCCAGCUAUAGCAUCACACUAACAGUCUUUAACCUGAUUACCACAGUUAUGUACUACCUCGUGUACUUUGAUGGAACUGGAACCGUCAAUCCGGGUUGGACAAGCGUCCUAGGCUAG